GGUUGCUUGUGUAUUUAGGGUAAGUACUUCUGUGUCGGUGCUGCCAGAGUUAAACUGGUGAAAUGGUAUGGGUCGUGCUGUCAUUCAGUGAAGCGUAUGGCUGUUAUGUAAAGGUUUUAAUUACUUUCUUCAUCUGUCUGCUCAGAAACACCACGCGUCUGGCAAAAUUUUGAGAAGGCUCAAGGCGUUAAAGAAAGCUCAUCUAAAUAAAGGAGGGUUAACGUGACAUUGCAGUUACUUAAUCCUGUAUUGUCCUGCCAUGUGACUGCAGGGAUACUGAGGCGCAGCAUUUCUUUUGCCUGGUGCACAGAUUAUGCUUUUCCUGUUGUCUUCCAGAAUCAGCUGCUUUGUUGAACACACCAUGGGAAAGAAACAGGAGGGCAGCGUACUUUUUACAGCAAGGCUUCCACACACAGUGACAUUUCCAAGGUACAGUGACAAGCUCACAGGCUGAAGAAUGAAUCAAAGGCAUUCCCUACAGUCAGCUUUUGGACUUUUACCAGAAUCAAGGAGAACUACGCUCUUAAGUGUCCAUAAUGUGCAGGAUUGCAUAUUCAUGCAGAAUUACUUCAUUUAAACUUAUCAGGACAUCUUGUUAAAUGGGGAAGUGAUUACCCUAUAGACUAUGACAACAGGAUAUGUGAAUGAAGGAAGUCUUGGAAAAUACCGCUGUUCCAGGUGGCAUCACGAGGACAGCAGAGAAGAUGAUGGGCGCCCGGAGUGCCAUGAAGGAGAUGAGGAGGGCAAACAGCACAGGCUGACCCCAUUUGAGAAACUAAUGCAGGAUAUGUCUCAUAAUGAAAAAGUGGUGAAAGAAUUAACACUGGGAAAGAGAAUUGCCUUCUAUCGAGUCAGAGGAGAAAUAGGAAGUGGGAAUUUCUCACAAGUGAAGCUUGGAAUUCAUUCCCUAACCAAAGAGAAAGUUGCAAUUAAGAUUUUGGACAAGACAAAGCUAGACCGGAAGACUCAGCGUUUGCUGUCUCGUGAGAUAUCCAGCAUGGAAAAGCUGCACCACCCAAAUAUCAUCAGGCUGUAUGAAGUAGUGGAGACACUCUCAAAACUGCACCUGGUGAUGGAGUAUGCAGGAGGUGGGGAGCUCUUCACUAAAAUCAGUACAGAAGGAAAGCUGCUAGAAACAGAGUGCAAAAUAAUCUUCUCCCAGAUUGUGUCUGCUGUGAAGCACAUGCAUGACAACAAUAUCAUUCACCGGGACCUGAAAGCAGAAAACGUCUUCUACGCCAGUAACACCUGUGUUAAGGUGGGAGACUUUGGAUUCAGCACAAUAAGUAAAAGAGAUGAAACUUUAAAAACUUUUUGUGGCUCUCCUCCUUAUGCUGCUCCUGAACUCUUCCGAGAUGAAAACUAUAUUGGCAUCUACGUAGAUAUCUGGGCACUGGGAAUCCUCUUAUACUUCAUGAUGACAGGUAGCAUGCCAUUCCGGGCAGAUACAGUAGGCAAACUGAAAAAGUGCAUUCUUGAAGGGACAUACACUUUGCCUCCCUGCCUCUCAGAAAAUUGCCAGAAACUGAUAAAAGGAGUCCUUCAGCCAGUACCAACCAAGAGAUACUCUGUCAAACUCAUUAUGAACAGUGAAUGGAUGCAAGGAAUACAGUUCCCCAAACCUUUACAGACAUUUAAACUGGAUCCAAAGUAUUUAUCGGACAUCAGUACACUAAAAGAAGAAGAAAUUGAAGUGAAAAAUAUUCUGGAAGAUCUGGGAAUCACAGAACAGCACAUUCAGAACAACCGGGGAAGAGAUGCACGCAGCUCCAUAACAGGCGUCUACAGAAUCGUGUUGCACAGAGUACAGAAAAAAAGGGCACUUGAAUCUGUUCCUAUCAUGUCCCAGCCAGAUCCAAAAGAAGACGACUCAAGGAAUGGAAUCACUUCUUACAGUGGCAUUAAGCAUACAUCCAAGCUGUGUUCUAUUUUAUAAAAUUGCACUGCCGGCUUUAUGCUCAGCACAUUUGACAAAGGGGAUUGUUCACUUAUCCUUAAGCUGUAGUGUUACUAUUUUUUGUAAUUUUUGAAUAAACCAAAAAUGCCUAAUUUUCUUUGCAUUUCUCAAUUGACAGUGAAGCACUCAAAACCGGAGCUCUUGUGCGUUUGUUUGACUCUUUCUCCAUAUACUUGGUAUAGCCAGUGCAAGAACCCAGUAACUGCAAAGAUCCUGAGUGGAGGGGAUAUUUUAAUAAACAGCAUGCUACUGCACUUAACCUGUUUGGGAGAUUCUCUGCACAGGCAUGUAACAGCUAACUUGUGAAAGCUUUACCUGAGCUCCACACUUCACCAAUGCAAACCAGGACAGUUGCAGAGAACUAAAUUUAAGCAGAGACCAGACUAUAACCUAAACAAUUGCAAAUUCUUCUUUUGAACUUCCUCAUCAAAGUUAACAAGUUAAUUUUUAAAAAGCGUUUUAUUUUCUUUCAAGAAACAUCAAAGCUCUUGUUGGCUGCAGUUCCCACCUUGUCACAAUUCCAGAAGACAAAUCAGGAUUCAGUACUUUAACCCUGUAUGUGUGGGCGCCUGACUGGUCGGGCUACCAUCAAUUACCCUUCUGACACCUUCCACUGCUUGCAUAAUUCUGCCACUCUGGAACUGCUUGGACUCCAGCUGCAUUCCAAUAAAGAAAGAUUUAAGCAUAUUCCAAAACCCAUGUAGUUUUAAGUUCUUGCCUUAGCCCUUAUUACCAGUAGCUGAAUGCAAGCAGCAGGAAAAUCAGCUUAUAGUUACUGAGCAUUACAGGUUUGUCCUCACUCCUGCCAUCCUGCUUUGGCAGCCAAAGCUCGCACAAAGCUGAUUGUGACAACUUGAUCACUGCAAGUUAAAAGCUGGACAGUCUGACAACUCCAGUUGUUCUGAGCAUCACCAAAAUGCAGAUGCUCUGAUUUUUAGCUUUAGUAGUUUAUUCUAUGCUUAGAUCUUCAACAGCAUCAACUCCAGUGCAAAGGACAAGUGUGGCAGCUGUUCUCUGAACAGGGACAGCUGACAUGCCUAAGCUAAGAGGCAGAACCUCUGAGUUUAGCUAAGGAAAGAUACCCAGCACAAGUGUACACAGGUACAGCUGGUGCUAUCGUAUUUAAAGGCAGGAUGCCUUAUCUGUUAUGAGACCAAUGAGACAAUAAUUUCACUUUAAAGGGAAUGAUUCAUAUAAAUGAGCUGUGGAAUGAUUCUGAAAGGCCACGCAUGGGAAACUGGACUCAGUGAGGCUCAGGUGUGUACAAAGCAAGAACCAAGCCUCCUUCACAGAAUUUCUGAGGAUAAAUAAAACAAUACCAAUUUUUAUAAAACAGUAAUUAAUUCAAUUUCAUAAAGUGGGUAUUAAUACCUCCACUAUACACAGUUUCCAUAUAAAAGCAUUUUAAUUUAUCUUGAAACAUGGCCCUGAUAAAAUUGUUUUACACCAGCCUAAGCAAUUCUUUUUUCCACUUCCGUAAUGGAAUUAGAAGAAGAAAUAGAAAUGUAAAUAAGAAGAAAUAAGCAGAAUGUCCACACAGCUUGUGACCACGACUUUGGGUUUUUACCAGAGCCAGCUUCCUCUUUCCUGUUAAAGAAAAAGAAAUCCAUCCUAAAAAACCAACAAGUCAGCACUACUCCAACAGGUUUCAAAUAUCUCAAACUUUAUUUUAAUAAAGGAUCAGCCUCACAGACCUGUGAGGUCUGUGCCAGUAGCUCACUUCUUGGCUUGUCCACUGCCAGCAAUGGACUUUGUUCCAUGACAGUUUGUUUUACAGAUGCCAAGGUUAAGUUUCAUGAGGGCAACCUAAACCAAAAUACUUGCAAACACUAUCAUCAUGCAUUGCUCCAUCAUUUUCAGCAGAACAAACAGAUUAGUAUUCAUCAAUUUAUAAUAAACAACUAUUUUACCAAGGCUUGACUGUACAAAUACAGCAAGUUAUCAAAUCCUAGUGAGUGACAGGUAAUACAAACACUUCAUUACACACACACAAAAAAAAUGUAAUUAACAGAAAUAAUCUUUUGCUACUUUAUAUUAGAUAGUGUAGCUUCGUAGAAUUAGCAAAGAAAUAAAUUCAAUGAAACUUCAUUCUGUACAUUAGCUCAACUUAAAUAUAUAUAUACAUAUAUAUGUAUGUAUAUAUAUAUAUUACAAGCUUAAAAGGCUCAUAUCAUAGUUCAUUUCCAAUCUGGGCUUUAAAAAUCUACCAGAAUGGACUCCCCAUAACCACUGUAAAUCUAUCUACUGCUUGCAAAAUGGAUAGCUUUAGCUUGCACGCUGGGGAAGGGGGGAAAGAAAUAAAAGACUCCACUCCUACAGUAUUAC